CAAUAGCAAUGGGACUCUUUUUUUUUAUCCCCAAAAAAAAAAGUUAGGGUUCAUAAGAUCAAAAAAUAUUACCAACAGCAGAACGUAUCAGCAUAGCACAAAAAUAGCAACAACUUGCCAAAGGGUCGUUGCUUUUGAGUGGAAUCCAUGGAAGGGCCAAGACCAAAAGGUGUUGAGAGCACAAAGAGACACGUAACAGCAAGGCCACAUGCACCCAGCACAGCCCAACAACAACAACAAGAAGGAGACCCUCUGAUUUACAAACCCAUUUCUCUUCCUCCUUGGAAGCCGAGGGACACCGGGAAAAGAAAACCAAUGAUCAAUAUGGACCUCCAACAACAUUCCUCCAUGUUUAAAGUUCGCGCUCUUGUUCAACAACUCCGUCCCAAUUUUAUUGAGGUUCUUCAGACACCAGAUUUUCGAAAUAGUAAAGCAGCUGAUGAAAUUCGAAAACGUUUCUCUCAUGGAUUUACUACUCUAGGCACGAGGUGCUCCUUUAUCAGAAAAUCCACUGAAAUCAAGCUUCUGAUGGAUCUAUACAAACAGAUGGCCAAGGAUGCAGGAGACACACACAGGAAGUUUGUGUCGGAAACACAGCAUUCGACACAUGACAGCGACCCUGCGAAAGAAAACCAAGAUGGCAAACAACAAAAGCAUCUUCAACCAAGAUGCUCUGUAGAGAAGCCAGUGCGAGCUCGUACUCGGUCGAUCCCUCUCAGCUCAGAUAAGAAACCAGUUGCUAGCCAACUACAGGGAAGCUACAUUGUGGGGGGUUCAGCGUUUGGUUGGAACUUCAUCACAUUUUCAGGCAGUAAACCAAUCUAUUAUGGGGUGACGAAGGAGGAAUUUGGAAGCAGAAACAAUACAUCGGGAACACGGUCUGUAGUAUAGGGAGUUAGAAAGACCAACAGUUUGCUACGAAACAGGGGAAAGAGGCUACCCAUUAUUUUGCUGAUGCUAAAGACGUUCUGUAUAUAGAUGUUUUGUCACACAGAUCCAAGUGCAUUGCAGUACUUCUGCUGAAAAAGAUAAAAAAAUUUGGUAACUUGGCA